UCACAGUUUGUCCACAUCACCACACGGGUUAUUUUUUUUCUCAGAUUAUAUUAAAGUAUAAAUGCUAAGCCUGUGGGGUUUGAGUGAUGAGAGCUGUUCGUGAUGGGUUGUUAAAUGAACGUCGACCGACAGCUUACUUUACGGCAAACAAAAGGAACUCCGGGUUCAACAUUCGCCACGCAGCGACACGCGAGGGAAAAUACUGAAUAAUUAAACCAUCUGAUUGUGGUUUUGAAAAAGAAAUAGACUAAUUAUCAGGCAGCCAGAGUCCUUAUUUGACCUUAUUACCACUGAGCUGCUAAAUUAAAGCUCAUCAAGGAACAGAUUACAGGUGUUUAUCCGGGGUUUGUCGGCUAACACUUGUGCGCAAAGCUAUUCCUAUGAAUUAGACAUACCUUUUAAAGUUUAACUGAGUAAAAAGGUGCACGAACUUCGAGACAUGGAUAAGGAGUCAUCAGGCUCAUCUAACCCAGACUCAAGAAGAGCAGGAGGCCUCGGGCUGUUUGGAUCAUCAGCUGGCCCUCAGUACUCAAAGACUGAGCUGGCUGGAGUGCCACUGACAGGCAUGAGUCCCCUCUCUCCGUACCUUAAUGUGGACCCCAGGUAUCUCAUACAGGACACAGAUGAGUUCAUUUUACCCACUGGAGCAAACAAAACGAGAGGACGCUUUGAACUGGCCUUCUUUACUAUUGGUGGAUGCUGUAUCACAGGUGCGGUAUCUGGGGCUGUAAAUGGACUUAGAAUGGGCUUGUCUGAAACCAGAAACAUGGCUUGGUCCAAACCUCGCAAUGUACAGAUCCUGAAUAUGGUGACCCGCCAAGGUGCCACAUGGGCAAAUACAUUGGGUUCAUUAGCUCUGCUGUACAGUGCGUUUGGGGUGAUCAUCGAGAAAGCCAGAGGGGCAGAGGACGACCUCAACACCAUCGCUGCAGGAACCCUGACUGGCGUCCUCUACAAAUCUCCAGGAGGUUUGCGGGGCGCAGCGCGGGGCGGGUUGGUUGGGCUGACGCUUUCUGGACUCUAUGCUCUCUACAGUAACUGGCACCAUCUGAAGGGAAGCUCUUCUACCCGCUACUAAAGCUUCUGUCAAGACACUCAACUAAUGAAUCCACACAUUUUCUAAAUACCAAACAUGACUGUUCAUAUCUUUAACACAAAACCACACAUUCGAGGCUUCAAAUGAAUGACAAUCUCCUAAAAACAUAUCGUUUGAUAUUUAAUAUGAGCUAUGUUUGAAACUAUAUAAAAGUUUAACAUGACUAUGUGAUAACGCCCAUUAAUGUAACUGAUAGAUUAUCAGAUAUGUAUAUAUAAUCUAUAACUGCUUUAGUACUAAAGUCGUUGCUUGUUUUCAGUGUAUGUAAUACAUUCAGCAGGCAUGCAAAACUGCAGUCUGUAAUUGAGUUUAAAAUGUGUUUGAACGAAACAAAACAUUAUGAGUGUUUACUCAAAUUCAUUGCUUUAUCACUUGGUAAUUAUGAACGAAUGAAAUGAUGCUUGGGCACAUUGCCAGCACUGUUAAAGGACACUAGAAAUGUUUAUCAGUUCCGUUAAAAGGUCAAUAAAUCUGUGCUAUAAAAAUGUU